AGGCAGAGAAGGGCAAGAAACGUCGUCUUUUCUCUCCUGUCAAAUUCAAUCUCUUCCUUACAAAUAAUCAAGGGUCAGUUAACUACCCUUAGCAAAUCCCAACCACCGAACCCUUCUCUGCCAAAAAGCUCUGCUGAACAUCCAAUUCCAAAAAAAAAAAAGAUAGGACUCUUCCUAUCUUGAUUGAAUAUGACCCUGUUUUGCAUCUUUUCAUGAUUGUAAUCGAUAUCUUCAGUUGCUUUUCUGGGAGUAAAGAUGGCCGAGAAAAAGGGCGGAGAUGGGAUUAUCAGUGCUGUCUACAAAGUCAAUCUUCAUUGCAAGCAAUGUGCACGUGAGAUCGAGAAGCCCCUACGAAAAACCAAAGGAGUUCAAAAGGUGGAAGUCGACAUGGAGGAGAGCAAAAUCACAGUCGUCGGUGCAGUCGAUGGGAAGAAAAUUCAAGAACUGAUUGUGAAAAAGAGCAAGAAGACGGUGGAGAUGGUAUCUGUCGAGGCCAAGAAAGAUGAAACAUCAAAGAAAGAAGAAGUCGCUUUGAUCACAACUGUAAUUAAGGUUCCAAUGCACUGUGAAAAUUGUGAAUAUGAUCUGAAGAGAAAAUUGGUUAAAGUCAAAGGCGUUCGAACUGUAAAGAUCGAUUCAAAAGCACAGACAUGUACUGUGGAAGGCACUGUGGAGUCACAAGAACUGAUCAAAUACGUUCAAAAGAAGUUCUCACACAAACAUCCGGAAAUCAUUGUCCUGAAGGAAAAGAAGGUGGAGGAAAAGAAAGAGAAGGUGAAGGAAGACGGACCGCAGAAGAAAGAAAAAACAAAGGAAGAAAAGAAAGUGGAAAAGAAGGUGGAAGUGAUAUGGGAAAAGAAAGAGGAAGAGAAAUGCGAGGAGCGCAGCGCUCCUUAUUUUGUGCACUGCACCCAUGCCCCAGAGCUAUUCAGUGAUGAGAAUCCAAAUGCAUGCUGUGUAAUGUAGAUAUUAAAAUAAUUAAAAUAAAAAUAAUCUUUUAUA